AUGGGUAACCAGAGCAGUUGCUGUUGUUACCGAAGUCCUUCACCAAUCCGAAAAGACAUCGUUAAACUAGAAGACUACCUUCCAGAAGGUGAAGUGAGUUCUAAUAAUAUCCAACAUAUAAGUGAAAGAGAACCCGACGAUGGAGACAUUGAUCCGUCACAAGAUCCAAUUGCUGGUACCAUUUUUAUGGAAAGAUCUAAAGCUUCAAUCGAGAACGGCAUCACGAGAAAGCGAAGCCAGCACCAAAUCGCUGAAAAUAAAAUGAAAAAAAGUAGUUCAUGUUCUACUAUAUAUUUAGAUGAUAGUACUGUGUCACAACCUAAUCUAAAGAACACUGUUAAAUGUGUCGCUUUAGCAAUAUACUAUCACAUAAAAAAUAGAACAUCCGAGCGCAGACUCGAUAUAUUUGAUGAGAAAAUGCAUCCAUUAAGUAAAGAAGGUGUAAGUGAUGAUUAUGACAAGUAUAAUCCAGAACACAAACAGAUUUAUAAAUUUGUCAGAACACUAUUUAAUGCUGCUCAGUUAACAGCAGAGUGUGCUAUAAUUACAUUAGUUUACUUGGAGAGACUUCUUAUAUGUGCCGAUCUAGACAUUGCACCAUCUAAUUGGAAAAGAAUUGUAUUAGGAGCAAUACUGCUCGCUAGCAAGGUUUGGGAUGAUCAAGCUGUGUGGAACGUAGAUUACUGCCAAAUAUUGAAAGAUAUCACCGUAGAAGAUAUGAAUGAGUUAGAGAGACAGUUUUUAGAAAUGCUACAGUUUAAUAUUAAUGUUCCAUCAAGUGUGUACGCUAAAUAUUAUUUUGAUUUACGUACACUGGCAGAGGCAAAUGAUUUAGCUUUCCCCAGUGAGCCGUUGAGCAAAGAGAGGGCACAGAAAUUGGAAGCAAUGUCGAGAGUUAUGGAGGAUAAAAUAUCAGCUGAAGUUAAGAAUGGUAUCAAAAAGUGGUCAAGCUUAGAUAAUGUCAAUUCAGGUGCUGGAGUAAGACGUAGUGUGGCCAUUUUAUCUUAA